CCACAAAACCCGCAAGAUUGCUCUGCCUCCUCCUCCUCCUGUCAUUCCUCCUCCAACGCAAUCCAACUCGAUGACGGAAGUGUUUAAAGCAUUGCGAGAUGGCAAAGAAGCCGACGCGCUCAAGCUCAUCACAAAACUGGCGUCCAAGAAGAAGACGCUGACUUUUGCUGACGACCACGGCUGGACGCCAUUGCACUUUGCAGCAAACUCGGGCUUUGGCGAGAUUGUCACUUUGCUAUCGAAAAACGGCGCGUCGGUUCAGGCCAAAAACAACCAAGGGCAAACGCCCCUCAUGCUGGCCGCGGCCAAGGGCCACAUCGAUGUUUGCAGAAAGCUCGUUGAGGCUGGCAGCGAGCUGCUCGUCACAGACAACAACGGCUGGUCUCCGAAAGUCACCGCUUCCAAAUUUGACCACAAGGCAAUCGUGACCUUCCUCGAAGGCGAGGAACGAUUCGCAGAGCGCUAAUGCUCGAGCAGUGUGUAGUGUCCGUUUGGUGAAGCGUCAUGCCUGUUUGGCUGAUGCUUGAGCACACAGGACGAUGAAUGACCAGAGUUUCGGCUCUAGUUUGUGCGGUUUGGUUUUUGUUUUUCUCUGUUCUCGUUCUUUGAUUGUACCUGUAUCUAUAGAUGUGUGUGACUGGCUUCCUCAUCGAUUAUGCUCGAGUUUUGUGUGUGUGUGUGUGUGUGUGUGUGUGUG